AUGCUCCCCCCGGUUGAGGAGUCGGUCCUCCAAAAUAACCCCGAGUUCGCGGCGCUGCAUCAUACCCUCACGACGGCCAUCCUCAACCCAGACGGUUCGUCAAAGAAGCCGUAUACCAAGGAACAGUCCGCGAUCCAAAAUGAACUAGCAGACCACACCUACACAACCGCAAAAGACCACCUCCUCACAUCCGCCAUCGCGACCACCGCGCCCCCGGACCCGAAACCCGCGCACCGCUCGCUGCGUCCCACAUCCACAUCCACAUCCCAACAACAACCACCACCGCCCUCACAGCAGCAACAACAGCUCCCAGAGCCCCUCCUCGACCUCCUCCUCCUCCUCCCACCCCUCCUCACCUCCCCGACGCCCCUCGACCCCGCCUCCGCCGCCAUCCUGCUCUCCAACCCGCCCUUCUCCCAGCUACAAUCCCUCCUGCCCCAACUCGGCGAGCUCGUCUCCUCCACGCUGCACACCUCCGCCGUCUCCCUCGCGCGCAUCGCCAACCCGUCCACGAACCCCUCCUUCCUGCAUCGCACCGUGCCGGGCCUCAACGCAACCUACGCCAAACUCGAGACCGACGUCGCGGCGGCGCGGCACGCCCUGGCUUCGGAGCGGUUGCGCGCGGCGGCCGCGCUGACGGAGCUGUUGGACACGCACGCCGGCGCGCUGACGCUGCUUGUGCGCGCGCUGGAGGCGAAGCACGGGCUGGUCGCGCGCAGCCUGGAGAUACGCGCCGCGGAGACGGGGCUGGAGGCGCAGCGGGCAAGGGCGGAGGCGGAGGUGGCAAGGGAGGGGGUCGUGAGGGAGGUGUAUUCGCCUGAGAUGGUGGUUGCGCUGGGGAACUAUGAGGCGCAUUUGAGGGAUGCGCGGAUACGGUUGGAGGGGACGGUGGCGAAUUUGAAGGCGGAGCUGGAGGGGUACGGGGUUGGGGAGGAGGGGAGGGGGGAUGGGGGGAAGGAGAGGACGUUGAGGGAGAUUGCGAGGAGGUAUCGCGAGUUGGAGAGGGAGAGGGACGAGGCUUUGAGGGAUUUGGAGAGGUUGGGGAAGGCGUGA